UUUUUCUGUCAAGACUUGGUGUUAAGUCAAUGUCAUCUCAUGACUUUAUCGUUUGUAAUUUUGCCUCACGACACGAAACGAAUCACGAAGUCGGCUGAUUGACUGCUUGGCUUACUAUAUUUUUUCUAAGGAGACUGCAUUCAUUUUAAACAAAAUAGUGGUAAAGCAGCCACCAUGGGAUUUAUAUUUGGUUUUUUGAAGAGAUUGAUUAAAUGUACAUUAUACUUUGUGAUAUUUGCAGCAAUUAUUGUCCUUAUUCCAAAUUUGCCUCCUUACACAAAGUUUACUAGCAUAAAAUUAGAACCAACCCUGCCUCUGGUGGGUCCCCUUGCAUUGAAUAAUGCAUUAAAUAAUCCAGAAGUUCUAUACAAGGGCAAACUUUUGGGACCGGAAGCAUUCCAUAUUUACAAUGGAGAGUUGUACACAAGUCUUGCUACAGGAGAAAUUGUGAAAAUAAGCCCAGGAGGUCAUGUCACCUUCGUGACAAAAAUAGGACAACCAUGUGCUAGCUUAACACAAGAACACAUAUGCGGUCGUCCUUUAGGCUUUGCAAUAAAUGAAAAAACGAAUCAACUGUAUAUAGCUGAUGCAUACCAUGGCAUUUGGAAGGUUGACCUCAAAACCGACAAGAAGCAGCUGUUGGUGUCUCCCCGCGUGGCCAUCGAAGGUCGAUUACCCAUGUUGUUUAACUCAAUAGCUUUGGCCGACAACGGGGAUUUCUAUUGGACAGACUCCAGUAGUGACUUCCAGCUGAAAGAUGGCGCUUAUUCGGUUCUUACUGAUCCGUCUGGAAGAUUAUUCUAUUAUAAUGCCGCCAAAAAUGAAAGCAAAGUUUUAUUGGAUGAUCUGUGGUUUGCAAAUGGUGUGGCCAUUUCUCCAGACAAACAGUUUGUGGUGGCAUCGGAGACGUCGCGCUUCCGUAUUAUAAAAUAUUACAUCAGCGGACCCAAGAAAGGAAAAUCCGAAGUGUUCGCGGCUGGACUGCCAGGCACUCCAGACAACAUACAAGUGCUUCCCGACGGGUCCGGCUUCCUAGUGGCCUUGUACAGUACAUUCGACGACGAGCACCCGCUGGUGAGCCGGCCGAUCUCCCAGAUCCCUGUGGUGAGGAAGUUCCUCGUCCGCCUUCAGCACCUCAUUGAGAUACCCUUCGCCUUCCUCAACAAACAAUCCCCUCACAUCGUCUUUGAAGAAAUAGUUUACCAUCUUGGUCACUUCAAAAGCAUUGGCGGAUUAUUAUGGGACAGGUCAGGGUUACUGCAGCUAGAUUGGAAUGGCAACGUGGUGGCAGCGUAUUACAGCGAAAACGAGAAAGUACCUCAUAUUAGUGAUGCCGUUGUAUUCAAAGACAAACUAUACUUGGGCGCUCCUCAUAAACAGGAUUUCAUUGCCGCCGUGCCCGUUCCGCCGCUGUUGAAAAAAGCUUUCGCUUCGGCAGACAAACAAGUUCCUAAACCGAAAGUAGCGCCAACAACUCAGCAAGCUAAAGUAGAUCCACCAAAACCAAAAGUAGAAAAGGUAGUUAAAGAGCAACCAAAAGCACAAGAACUCCCUAAACCAAAGCCAACGCCCACGCCGAAACCAACACAAGCCCCUACUACGCCCAAGCCGGUCGAAAAGAAACCGGUAACUUCAACCACAACCGCACCAAAGGCAACUCCCCCACCACCUAAAGUACAACCUAAGCCAGCCGAAGCAAAACCGGCAGCGGCUAAACAGCCGGAACCCAAACCCCUCACACCAGCGCCAAACAAGCCCAAGGCUGAAGCACCUACGCAUCAGCGCAAAGCAGAGCCAAAAAAACCUGAAAUAGUGAUACAAAAGCCUGUAAACGUAGAUCCUAAACCCGAUAAAGGCAAACCGGCGCCUCAACAAAUCCCAAUAAAAGAAGACAUUCCAUCUGAUACAGCUAAGCCCAGUAAGGAAACUUUGAAAGUAAUCACCAAAGGUGGGCCGACAGAGAUUCCCAAUCCUGGAGUGUAAAAUAUCAAUGUAUGGUUGUGUAUUAGAAUGUGAGACUUUAAAAAAAAUGAACAAAAAUAUUUAAGAAUACUUUUUAAAAUAACUCAUUAAUUCUGUAUGACUAUUAUCUCUUAUUUUUAAAA